CAAUUCUCGAUGUGUUGACUACACAACUGCAUACAAUUACGACAUCAAAAGAUCCAAAUUUAUAAAUAUUUCAUUUUACUUUAAUUUUUCUAAUUUAGAGAUUUUUUAUAACAAAAAAAAUCUGAUUAAGCUAUCAAAUGUUAACAGAUGCUUAGAGGAAGGUGCAAACCAGUAAGGCUAUCAGAUAUAAAUAGACUUAAACUUCACAUGAAGAAAACCAAAUUGAAAGAUCAAAAACAAGAAACAGAAGAAAAGGUUGAAAACUCAGAAAUUCAACAGCCAGAUUCAGAAUCACAUUCAUAGACACAACAACAAUCAGUACAACAAGGAACCAACAAUAACAAGAGAAAGAGUAUUGAACAAUGACUUUCUUCACCUGAGACUGACAGAACAAGACCAAGAAGCAAAUUCAUAGAAUGAAGUUUCUCUCCCUCAGAAGUUAAACCAAAAAACCAAACAAAGGUAACUAGAAAGGCAAAAGUGGCGAUGAAAUGGGGAGGUAUCUAAGAGAGGUGUUACCGCAAACGACGGACUUCAAUUCAACGUGACACAAAGAUUCACAUGAAUCAACUUUGGACCCCAACAAAAUUAUGAAAUGCUUAGAGGAAGGUGCAAACCAGUAAGGCUAUCAGAUAUAAAUAGACUUAAACUUCACAUGAAGAAAACCAAAUUGAAAGAUCAAAAACAAGAAACAGAAGAAAAGGUUGAAAACUCAGAAAUUCAACAGCCAGAUUCAGAAUCACAUUCAUAGACACAACAACAAUCAGUACAACAAGGAACCAACAAUAACAAGAGAAAGAGUAUUGAACAAUGACUUUCUUCACCUGAGACUGACAGAACAAGACCAAGAAGCAAAUUCAUAGAAUGAAGUUUCUCUCCCUCAGAAGUUAAACCAAAAAACCAAACAAAGGUAACUAGAAAGGCAAAAGUGGCGAUGAAAUGGGGAGGUAUCUAAGAGAGGUGUUACCGCAAACGACGGACUUCAAUUCAACGUGACACAAAGAUUAUCAACUUUGGACCCCAACAAAAUUAUGAACUUGACAAUGGACAGAAGAUAUUCUAUUGGACUUUUGCUACUUCUUAUUAGCCUUACUUCACUUUUAGUGAAUUGUUAUUCAUCUACUCAAGAUGAUCUAAAGACUUAUAUUAUCUACACUGGCAAUAGUAAAAAUGAUGAAACUUCGUUAUUACUUUACUACCAAAAUCUGCUACAACAAGUUGCGGACAGCGAUGAAGCUCCAAAGCCAGUACUCCAGCAUUACAAAAGGAGUUUUAAUGGCUUUGUUGCAAAGUUAACGAAGAAAGAAGCCAACAAAAUGGCUGGACUUGACGGCGUGGUGUCUGUUUUUCCUGAUGAAAAGAGACACCUUCUUACAACCAGAUCAUGGGACUUCAUUGGCUUUCCACGAUACGUGGAAAGAGAAAAUUCUGAGAGUGAUGUUAUCGUUGGUGUAAUCGAUUCUGGAAUUUGGCCAGAAUCUGAGAGCUUCAACGAUAAAGGUUUUAGUCCGCCGCCGAGCAAAUGGAAGGGCACAUGCCAAACUUCAAAUAUUACCUGCAACAAUAAAAUAAUUGGAGCUAGGUAUUAUUUAUCAUUUGAAGAUCCCUUGAGCGAACGAGAUAUUGAAUCUCCAAGAGAUACAGAAGGCCAUGGGACACAUACAGCUUCAACUGCAGCAGGGAUACCGAUUAAGAAGGCAAGCAUGGAAGGCCUUGCACGGGGUACAGCAAGAGGUGGAGCUCCAUCUGCACGUAUUGCUGUGUACAAAGUGUGCUGGGUGAAAGGAUGCUUUGAUUCUGGUAUUCUUGCUGCAUUCGAUGAUGCAAUUGCAGAUGGGGUUGAUAUAUUAUCAGUCUCACUUACAUCAGUGUCAAAUGACACUGUGUAUUUUACAGAUGCAAUUUCCAUCGGAUCAUUCCAUGCUAUGCAGCAUGGAGUGUUGACAGUAUUGGCAGCUGGAAACUCGGGUCCUAGUCCUUCAACCUUAGGCAAUUUUUCACCAUGGGCAAUUGUUGUGGCAGCUAGCACACUAGAUAGAAAGUUUGUGACCGAGGUCAAGUUAGGAGACAAUAUGACAUAUGAGGGUGUCUCCUUGAACACAUUUGACCUUGAGGGAAAAUUAUACCCUAUUGUCUAUGGUGGAGCUGCACCAAAUACUAAAGGAGGCUUCAAUAAAGAUAAAUCUAGGUUUUGCUCAGCCAACACAUUGGAUGCUACAAUGGUGAAAGGAAAAAUUGUUCUAUGUGAAGGAACAGAAGGACCCGCAGAGGCCUUAAGAGUGGGUGCUGUUGGGGUUUUGAUACAAGGCCAUACUUAUUCAGAUAUUGCCUUUUCUCUACCCUUACCAGCAUGUUAUCUUCAAUCCAAAGAUGCUGCCAAAGUAUAUAAGUACAUACGCUCUACAAGGAGUCCUACUGCAACAAUAUUUAGGACCAAUGAAAUAAAAGAUACUUUGGCUCCUGUUGUUGCCUCCUUCUCAUCAAGGGGUCCUAACAAGGCUACUCCCGAGAUUCUCAAGCCGGAUAUAAUUGCUCCUGGAGUCGACAUAAUCGCUAGUUGGCCUACAAUUUCUCCUAUUUCUGAUAUUAUCGGAGAUAAUAGAAAUUUGGAGUUCAACAUUAUGUCGGGAACGUCAAUGUCAUGUCCGCACGUGUCUGGAGCAGCUGUGUAUAUCAAAUCAUUUCAUCCAACAUGGUCACCUGCGGCUAUUCGUUCAGCUCUUAUGACCACGGCUAAACAAGUAAGUCCAAAUAAUAAUGUUGAAGCUGAAUUUGGUUAUGGAGCUGGACAAAUUGACCCCAUCAAGGCUUUAAAUCCAGGCUUAGUAUAUGAGGCUUAUGAAGGAGACUACAUAAGAUUUUUAUGCGGUCAAGGUUUCAAUGCCACGACUUUGCAACAAAUCAUUGGAAAUGCAGUCAUUUGUUCUGAGAUAGCAUAUAUGACUGCGAGAGAUUUAAAUUAUCCUUCAUUUGCUCUCAAAGCCUCACGUCUCAAACAACAUAUAAGUGGAAGCUUCAAUAGAAUUGUCACAAAUGUGGGAUUACCGAUGUCUACAUAUAGAGCUAUUGUGACAGCUCCUAUAGGAUUCAAUGUUUCAGUGAAUCCUAGUGUUUUGUCAUUCACUUCACUAGGAGAAACACAAACAUAUGUUCUCACUAUAGAUGGAGCGCUGAAGAAAUCUAUUGAGUCAGCUUCUUUAGUUUGGGACAAUGGUGAAUCUCAAGUUAGGAGCCCCAUUAUUAUAUUUGAUGAAAGAGCAGAGAAAAGCCAAAGUACUAAAAUAUAUAGUAUACAUUACAUAUGUAUUGUAAUUCUUAAUUUACUAUUUUAUAUUUUUAUUCAAUAAAAGAUAUACUUUUGCAAAGAAGAAAAUCAAAUUGACUACUUCUUGUAUA